AUGCAUUAUGAGAUGGGAACAAGUUCCACAAACAAUUAUUCUGGUAGAGGUAGUGUUCCAUGUCGGACUUGUAAGUUCACAGGAUAUGAUUGGGUGGUUGAUGUCUUAAAUGGUAACCCAGUUCGAUGUCAAGAGUCCUUUAGAAUGUCUGUCAAUGUUUUUAAGAGAUUAUGCAGGGUACUUAGGGAUGAUUAUGGACUAGAAUGCUCCAAUAAAGUUGGGAUUACUGAGAUGGUUGCAAUGUUUGUCUUCAUACUCGGACAUGCACAGUCAAACCGUGAUAUUGGGGAGCGUUUUCAACACUCUGGAGAGACCAUUAGUCGCCUAUUUCAUAAGGUGUUGCAAGCGGUUAUGAAGAUGUCCAAGGAGAUAAUUAAACCAAUAGGAGAUCAGUUGAAUGAAACACCGACUUACAUUAGGGAGCAUCCAAAAGUAUGUUAUCGCAUAUGUUUCAAAGACUGCAUUGGGGCACUAGAUAGGACACAUAUUCCGACUGUUGUCACUCCCGAGAAGAGACAAAGGUAUACUGGGAGAAAAGGAGUCCCAACACAGAAUGUGUUGGCAGUGUGCGACUUUGGCAUGUUGUAUACCUAUGUUCACUUGGGUAAGUAUUAUUUGGUGGACGCUGGAUAUGCAAACAAGACAGGUUUUUUAGCACCAUACAAAGGUGAAAGGUACCAUGUUCUUGUAUUCCAGAAUGGGGCCCCUGUAGCUGGACAUCGUGAGGUUUUCAACAAGGCACAUGCCAAGCUUAGAAAUGUCAUCGAACGGACAUUUGGAGUUACCAAGAAGAAGUGGCGGAUUUUGGGGUCCAUGACUUCAUUUGAUACCAAGAUACAGGCAAAGAUUGUGAUAGUGUGCAUGACCCUUCACAAUUUUAUUAAACUCAAUGCUGACCUUGAUUCUGAUUUUAAUGAAAUUGAAUCAACGCCUGUGGUCGAAGAUGAUAUUAUGCCCGAUGUUGUCAUAGAAGAUGUGGUAGAGGAUGAAGAUGACAAUUUACUCAUUGAUGACGCCAACAUGGCACAGUUCCGGUCAUGUUUGCACAACAACUCAUGA